AGACACACGACGCUGCAUCCUUCUUGAAUUGUCUUCUGGAGAUAGAAUCUCCGCUUCUUGACUCUACAUUCGUCGUUGAGCAUCCAUCUCGUCGUCGCUCCAUCUCAUCGUUGCUCAUCCUACUGCACUCGAAACACCAUGUCAUAUCUCCUUUCCGUUCCCGCGGGACGUGCUUUCCGCCGAGAAAACAGCAAAUGGGUUGACCCUCAACCCGAGAAGGGUCUGAUUCAGAUGAAGCUGGAAGACGACUUGAUGCAGCUUUCUUGGAAAUCUAGGGAAACCAAUCGCGUUGAGGAUGAACUUAUCAUCUUCCCCGGUGAAGCUACCUUUGAAAAGGUUUCCCAGGAUCCCACUGGAAGGACUCACAUUCUCAAGUUCUCCAGUUCCAACCAGAAGUACUUUUUCUGGUUCCAACGAUUGUCCAGGGAGGGUGAUCUGAGAGCCCAAGUAGAUAUCAAUGAACUCUUGCAGGACCCGUCCUACCAACCAGGUAGUGCCGAUCUUCCCGCGCAACAACUCGAGCGCGAUUGGCCACCGACUCCUGGCGCUCCUCGUCUUACUAAUCCACAGCCUGCUCCUGCUGCCAACGCCGAUGCCAACGCCGACGCCAACGCCGAUGCCGGCUCUUCUUCCAACCCUGAAACAAGUAGGAAGAACAUGGCGAGGCUUUUGGCGGAGUGGGCACGUGGUGGUGCCCUUGGUCAGCCUGAAGACGAUGCCCGUCUCACGGACGUGCUUUCGCCCUCUAACAUAUCUGCACUCAUCUCUUCCGAUCCUGCUCUGAUAUCCACCAUCACUCCUCUCCUGCCUCCUGGUCUUUCUCUCCCCGAGAACCCUACUGCCGAGGACAUUACCCCUAUUCUUUCUGCACCUCAAUUCACAGAUGCCAUUGCGAGCCUCGACAAUGCCCUUCGGAGCGGUGGCUUACCAGGUGGCAUGAUGAGGGAACUUGGUUUGCCUGAGAGCGCGGGGAGUAGUGUGAAAGGUUUCCUCGACGGGCUUGUAGCUUUGGGAAACAAAGAGGCGGAAGACCAAGACGAUAAGAUGGAGGAGGAUUAGAACAAUCUUUUUACAUGACUGAACUGCAUGAUUGAACACCAUGUACGAAUUCAAGAUUGUAUAUCAUGCGUGCGUGAGAAUGAAUUUUCUGUUAUGCUAUACGAGCUGUUUUGUUCUCUUGCGUGAAGCAUAUCCAUACUGGAUGAUGUAAGUCACCUAUGAAAAAGGUUCACUGUAAGCAUCAUCUGCAUAUUACUCUUGUAUUGCUUGCACAUCAUUUAUUAACUAUUUUUGGCUUUCGCCGCAUAAAGAUGAGCCGCAAUGCCCAAUAUAUGUGUAUAAGUUGAGCAUCUCAGCUGAGAUUGGAAUGUGACAUUUUUGUAGUUUCGUCAUUCAUUUUG